AUGGCUGUGCUUAGGGAGUUCACGUGUUUGGGCAAGGGGAGCACGAUCGCCAUAAAGUACAAUCGAGUGGAUUUCUACUUUGACGUUUUGGAGGUGAAUCCGGGUGAUGUUAUUACGUUGAUUGAUACCGACUGCGAGGUGGAAUUCGUGCCGCCGUUGGAUUAUGUGGAGCCUCAACCGGACGGUGGAGAUUCAAUCAAGAAAAUUGACCGUGGUAAAGAGCCAAAGGAGGAGGAAGGAAAGGAGUUUAGGCCCUUCAUCGGAAAGGGGCGGCGUCUGGAUGGAAAGAAUCCGGUGGCGGCGGUGGCGGAAUUGUUGUCGGAAGUGGUGAUCGACGAGAAGAAGAAAAAAAGCGGGAAAGAGGAAGUAAAAGAAAAGUUCAAAACCUUCACGGGCAAGAGUCGUGUUCUUGGAGUACCACAAUUUUGA